AUGGUGGAAGACUACAUUGAGGUUCUUACGGACGACUUUUUGGUGGUUGGAGAUUCUUUAGACGAUUGUCUUGAAAAUUUUGACAAAGUGUUGGCUAGAUGUGAGGAAGCUAAUUUGGUACUUAAUUGGGAGAAAUGUCAAUUCAUAGUUAAGGAAGGUAGUGUCCUUGGCCACAAGAUUCCAAAGAAUGAUAUUGAAGUGGACAAGGCGAAGAUUGAAAUUAUUUCUAAGCUUCCACCCCACCUCGGUGAAGAGCGUACGGAGAUUCUUGGACUCAAUUUGACAACUACUCCUGUCAUUACCUAUCCAAAUUGGCGUUUGUCGUUUAAGCUCAUGUGUGAUGCAAAUAUAGAGCUCAUUGCUAUUGUGUUUUCCAUUGAGAAUUGUUUCCCAUACUUGAUGGGUGCCAACGUUAUUGUCCACAUGGAUCAUGCGUCACCUCGAUAUCUUAUGAGCAAUGAGGAAUCUAAAGCUCGGUUGGUGAGAUGGGUGCUUUUGUUUCAAAAGUAUGACAUUGACAUCCAAGAAACAAAAGGAUGUAAAAAUCAAGUGGCGAACCACCUGUCUCAUUUAGAGGAAGAGGGGAAGCCGCAAGAUGGCCUUGAAAUCAAUGACUUUUUCCCCGAUGAACAAAUUUUGGCACUUUCAAUGAAUUAG